AUGCUAAAUAUCAGAAUAAAGAUACUUAAUAAUGUACUAAGAAAUCAUGCAGGGAUUUUUUAUUUUUCUUUAAUAAAUAAGAAAGAUGUAUCUUACGAUACAUUGGCUGGUAUCCCUUGGAUGAGCCAUAGUCGUAUUACAAAAAUUACGGAGAGAGUGUGUGAGGAAGGUCCAUAUGAUAAAAUAACAUGGGAAAAAUUAAGUGAACGUAUUCAUAAAAUAUCUGAUAGUUUUAAUAUGAAAGAAAUUGGUAGGAUUUUAUAUGCAUAUUCAAAAGUAAGAUAUAGAGAUAUAAGAAUAAUUUAUAAACUUAUUGAACAUAUAAAGAAUAAGGAAAUAUCUAAUAUAGAUUUAUUAUCAUGUGCUCAUGUAUGUCAUGCAUUAAAUAAUUUAAAUUAUGUUGAUAAGAAUUUGUUUGAAAUAUUUUUAAAUAAAAUAAAAAAUAUAAAAAUAAUAGAUAUGAAUAGUGUUAUUAAUUCUAUUGUUAGUAAAAGCAACACUUGUAAUAAUUAUUCCUUUCCUAUUGUUUUAAUUUUAAGUGCUUAUACAAAACAUUGUAAUGAUUCGCAUAUGCGAAAACACUCUCUUGAAUUAUUAAUUUAUUUUUUAGAACAUUUUAAUAAAUAUAAAAAAGAAUGUACACCGCAAGGUUUGGCUAUGUUACUAAAUUCCUUUUCCCAAAUUAUGAAGCCAUCACCUGAAUUUUUUAGAGAAGAACAGGAAGAAUUAAAAAAAAUUUCUGUCGAUGAAUAUAAGAAGGAUCAUUUAUUUAUGAACCAUGAUGAUAAUACUGUUGGCAAACCCUUUAUUAAAAAUAAGCUCAUUCAUAUAAAUUACAAAAAUAAUAAUGUGAGAUCAGAGGAUUGUUUAAAAAUGGAUAAGGCAAAGAAGAAUUUACAAGAAGGUACCUUUGGUGUAGGUGAAUAUGUGAACGUUGUUUCACACGAAAUAACGGAUAAAAAAAAUAACAACAUGAACAAUAAUAAUAAUAAUAAUAAUAAUAAUAAUAAUAAUAACAAUGAUAGUUAUAAUAAUGAUAGUUAUAAUAAUGAUAGUUAUAAUAAUGAUAGUUAUAAUAACAUUUUAAAUAGGUGUGUAAAAGACCCAAAUUACAAUUCAACACAUGAUGAAAAUAUUUGUUCAGAAAGACAUAAAUAUAUAGAUAUGUUAACUAUGAAAGAAAAAAAAGAUGUGCUGAAUAAACUAUUUCUAAUGCUUUUAUUCGAAAUUACAAAAAGAAUCGACAAGAUGAAUACACAAUCGUUAUCAUUAAUUAUCAAUUCCUGUUGUCGUAUUUUUUAUGAAAAGCCGAUUGAAUUUUUACAUAUAAUUAGCGAAGAAAUAAAUAAAAAAUUGCAUCUGACAACAAUUCGACAUCUAUCAUUAAUUAUUAAUGGAUACAUAAAAAUGAAUAUACAUAACCCUAUAUAUAUAGAUAAUAUAUUUAAAGAAAUUCAAAAAAAAAUUUAUUCUUGUGAUGAAAAACAAUUAUGUUUUAUACUAAAUAGUAUGGUAAAAUAUAAAAAUAAAAAUGAAAAUAUAAUAUCUAAUAUAAAUGCUAAAUUUAUUUUAAAUAUAAGAAAAAUGAAUAUAUCUACAUUAUGUAAUAUUUUAUAUUAUUAUACAAAAUUAAACAUUUCUAAUGAUGAUAUUAUAAAUCUAUACCAAAUAUAUUUAAAAAAACUUAUUGACACAGCUAGCAUACAUCAUCUUGCUUUAUCAGCAUAUGUUUUUUCAAAGAAUAAAAUAAAAAAUGAAUUAGUUUAUAUAAUAUUAAAAAAAGCUUUACAUAUAUUACAAAAAGAAAAAACCAUUCAUAUUAUUAAUAAUGAAUAUAUAAUUAAAGACAUUUUAAUUUUAAUCAAUAGUAUGAGUGCUCUUGAUAUAUAUUCAGAAACGUUAGGUACAUACCUUUAUUAUAUAAUUAAUGGUAAUAAAAAUCUUAUUGGUCAAACAAAUAAAAUUGAUGAUCAGCUAAAGGAACAUAAACAAUUUUAUGAUAAAAACGAGGUAGAGGAUACUAAAGAUAUUAAGAAAUCUAUUCUGUUUUUAAAUGAUGAUAUUAAGAAUAAAAUAAGGAGCAAAAAUAUUUAUUUAUCUAUAAAAAGUUUGAUGUUAUAUAAAGAUAAAAUUCAAAAAUGUCAAAUGUGA